AUGAGGAUUCAUUGGAACAGAGUGAUCAGAUGGAUGACCUUUGAGGCUUUCAAACUAAAAGGUCUCUCUGAACAAGUCCGCAACGACUUCAUUAGAGAAGCUGGAGAAAGGCUGCAGGCACGUUUGGUCAGAGAGGCUGAAGAGAAGGCCAAAAGAGAAGCAGAAGAGAAGGCUCGUCUGGAAGAAGAGCAAAGGGUCAGAGAAGCUGCAGAGAAGGUUGUUGUUGAAGAUGCGGCUGCUGCUGAAGCUAAAGCUAAAGCAAAAGCUAAUGCUGAAGAGGCAGCACGUAUAGCUGCAGAAGAAGCUGCAAAGGCAAGUAAUGAUGCUUUGACUCAGGGGGAGAAAUCUCACUCUAAUUUCGCUCCUCUUGUCUUAAAAACUCUAGAAGAACUACAGAAGGAGCAACAGAUAGUAAGAGCAAGACUGGAUCAACAGGACUCCGUCAACAACAACAUUCAGAACCUGCUGACUCAGCUGCUCCAAAUGAUGCCUCCGCCUCCGAACCCUUAG